CAUUCGACUGAAAUGAACGAAUCGGACAUCGCUAGUGCUCACCACAAGAGAAGAAGAGCAGUUUUAUAGCAUACUCACAUCAGCGAAAACAACAUCAGAAGCACAUCAUUUCAUCUCAACGGUAAAUGCCUGAAGAUUCAACAUGGUUUGCGGAGGAUUUACGUGCUCGAAAAACGCCCUCUGUUCCCUAAAUGUAGUUUAUAUGCUGGUGGGUCUUCUGUUGAUUGUAGUAGCAGCAUGGGGGAAAGGCUUUGGCAUCGUCUCCAGCAUCCACAUCAUUGGCGGCGUGAUUGCCGUGGGCUUCUUUCUGCUUCUGAUCUCCAUUGUGGGGCUCAUUGGAGCCGUCCACCAUCACCAAGUCAUGCUUUUCUUUUACAUGGUUAUUCUCUUCAUCGUCUUCCUCUUCCAGUUUGGAGUUUCCUGUUCUUGCCUGGCCAUGAACCAGGGUCAGCAGGAGAAGCUGCUGACCUCGUCCUGGAGAAUAAUGAGUAACGAUACAAGAAUAAGUCUUGAGAAAAAACUGGACUGCUGUGGCCUGUUCAACAACACUCAUCCCCAGACAGAUUUUGUGUCUGACUUAAACCUCUGUGAAUCUCCGUGUGUAGGAAAGAAAUCCUGCCUCACAUGCGGUGAAAAGAUGCUCCAACAUUCAUCAGAAGCGCUGAAGAUUCUGGGAGGAGUCGGCCUCUUUUUCAGCUUCACAGAGAUCUUAGGAGUUUGGCUGGCCAUGCGCUACAGGAACCAAAAGGACCCGAGAGCGAACCCCAGUGCUUUCUUAUAGUCUCUCAGACCGUCUGUCCUAAACUACGUUUAGUGUAGUCCAGCUAUUCCAGUUCCCGUUUGCACAGGUAGAGUGGAGCGCACCAAGAGAUAUUUCAAGCAUUAAACACAGAACACAACCGCAGAUCCCCGACACACGCGAUAACGCACCACACUCCACAUACAAACACAUCCAUUUUGAUGAUAGGUCUGACCCAUUUUCCACACAAGGUCUGCAGAGGGCUAAUUUAAACCAGCAGGAGGAGGGAUCAUGUAUGAUAGGAUGCUCGUUCUGGCACUCCCUCCAUCCUUGAUGUGAGAAGCUCUUCCUGUUCUGUGUAUGCAAUGUAAAAGCCAUCGAUGUCUGCAUGUUCAUAGCCUCAGAAUCGUUUCCUGUGACAUGGUCAGCUCAAUUAUGGACACAUAACCAGGUGUGUAGUGCUGAAAUAGUGUCAGAAAGUUAUCCCUUAAACUAUAUUAAUGUUUAGUUUCAGUUAGGGUGAAAUUCUGUCGCGUAUCUCCCAGGAAAACAACAUCGGGUCAGCCUUGAAUGAGUGCAGACCUGAUAAACACCGGUGUUUUGUGCAAUGUUUCUCAGUGAGGUGACCUGUCCAGCCUAUGGGGUGUUAGUUUAGGAAUUAGACGUAGAACGUGAAUAUUUAAAAAAAUGAAAACUUGUGUAACUGAGCCAUGCGAAUAGGAGGAUUUACCCUGCCGACGGACUGCAGCCUUCCUGUUGUACAUAGUCUUUAUAGUGACAGGGUCGACCGAUUUACCGCUUCUUUUCCAUCCUUAUUUAAAACACAGAGACCCUACCGCCUCAGCCGGGUCUUGCUAUUCUCACUGGACUUUUUAAGUUCUCCAUUUCCUUUGAAGCUUAGUAUUACUCAAGGAUAUAAUGUUUUAAAAUCGAAUGCAUUGUUUUGUGGAUGUUUGUGUUGAAAACUCAGCGUUGCCAUUUAUUUGCAAUCAUGUAUCGCUUCUUUUCUGCAAUUUUUAAAAAACGUACUAACAGCACUAGGUCCGUAAUUUUAGCACUGAAUAAUGUGCCAUUUCAAUUCAAAUCCUUCUUAUUUUGUGUCUCUCGGUUUAUGUUGCGUUUCUAAUUUUUUCUUGUUUUGAGCUCUAAGUGUUAAGUUGCCAUUCACUGUGUGCGUUUUUUUGCAAUGUUGAACAUUGUUAUUGUAGUAAAUAGAUCAUUUGUAAUAGCUUAUGCGCACAUGCAUAUGUUAAUUCCAUAUGUCCAAUAUGUUCUUGUGUUGAUUUGCUUACUCAUAUUAAUAGAGGAACAUAUUGGCUAAUGCUCUUAACCACUUUGGUUUCCACCCCGCAUGAUCGAGAAAUGGGAACACUGAACCAUCACUCGGUACAGCUCAAAUGUGUUCUGCUUCACUUGGUCAUGGUAUUAUGAGUGUUUCACUGAUGGAUUUCGAAGAGGUGAAAUCAAUGUCUGUGCUAUAAUAGUUAUUUAUUGCCAUUGUGAGAAGGCCACAGUACCCGACUCAGUGAGCUGUAAGCACCCUUUUCCCUGGAUUUGCCUUGUAUUUUUGAAACUGACUUUUCCAAUUAAAUA